AACUCCCAUAUAUAAGCAUCGGAAUUCAGAUCCCACAAUUCAUCCGCCAUUGAAGCAUCGGCUCGCAGAGUUUCAAGAUCCCUUUUUGGGGUUGAUGAGAAAUUAGGAAUCUUGAAACAGUUCCGCGCGCAGAGGUCUCGGAGAAAGGUCGGAGCUUUGUGGUUGCGGGUGGCGAGCUGAGCUGAGCUGAGAGAUGGGCUGCUCGUUCUCGGGACUGAACGCGCUGUACGACGCCGUCAAUGGCGGAGGGGACGUGUGGAUCAACGAGAACAGGUUCAGGAUCCUGAGGCAGCUCGGCGAAGGUGGGUUCGCUUACGUCUACCUGGUCAAGGAAGUGGUCGCCGACACCUCCUCCGUCUCCGGCGGUGGAGGGCUCGCCAAGAAAGUCAAGGACCAAUCCCACCUCUCAGGUCACCCAGAUGAUGGCACUUAUGCAGUCAAGAAAGUACUCAUUCAGAAUGCUGAGCAGUUGGAAUUGGUGAGGGAGGAGAUCCGCGUCUCAUCCCUUUUUAAUCACCCCAAUCUGCUGCCACUCCUCGAUCAUGCUAUCAUUGCUAUUAAGGGUGGUCAAGAAGGAAAUUGGAAUCAUGAAGCAUACUUAUUGUUUCCAGUUCAUCUCGAUGGCACCUUAUUUGAUAAUGCAAAAGUCAUGAAAGCAAAAAAGGAGUUUUAUUCAACCUCUGAUGUCCUCCAAAUAUUUCACCAGCUAUGUGCAGGGUUGAAGCAUAUGCAUAGUUUGGAGCCGCCUUAUGCUCACAAUGAUGUUAAGCCUGGGAACGUACUCAUAACACAGAGGAAAGGGCAAUCUCCCCUGGCAAUAUUAAUGGACUUUGGGAGCGCCCGCCGUGCAAGGAGGGAAAUUCGCUCUCGCUCGGAAGCUCUUCAGUUGCAGGAGUGGGCAGCGGAGCAUUGUUCAGCACCUUUCCGAGCUCCUGAACUGUGGGAUUGCCCCAGCCAUGCUGACAUUGAUGAGAGAACCGACAUAUGGUCAUUGGGCUGCACUUUAUAUGCAAUAAUGUAUGGGUUUUCUCCUUUUGAGUAUGCACUAGGAGAGUCAGGUGGGAGCCUGCAACUGGCCAUCAUGAAUGCCCAGAUCAAAUGGCCAGCAGGGCCCAAUCCUCCAUACCCAGAAGCACUGCAUCAGUUUGUGACAUGGAUGCUCCAGCCUCAGCCUGCAAUUCGUCCCUGUAUAGAGGAUGUUAUCAUUCACGUCGACAAGCUCAUCUCAAAGUUCUCCAAAUGACUUGUAUAUGUGAACUCAUCAGAAGAAACAAAUGCUUGAAUUUUUUUCUUAAUGCUUCUCCUUUCCUCUUUGAGACGAGAGGUUGCGAUAGCAAUAGAGCUUCCAUAUCAAAUAUUUCGGGAAGUUGCUCUUCUUUUUUUGUCAAUGUCGCUCUACCCGUAGAUCUUAGAUAUGGGUUUACUGCCGAUGUACCUUUGUCUUGGCGUUGCGGUUGAUCUUAGAUAUGAAUAUUUAUACCGAAUGUAUUCAUUGACUAUUUAUUAUGUCCAUUAAUGGAUUCCCUGUGGUUAAAUA